UUUGAAAUAGCGGCGAUGCCGCCGCGCCCAAGCCCGAAAACAGAUGUCGAAACGCUUUUGCUGUGUAGCAUUACGCCUGCAAUCGCGGUGGAAAGCUGGCAACGUAUCGUUCCAUCGUCUGCCGAGUGCAGCAGACGACGCGCAUCGGAGGGCGACACGGAUAAGAGACCUGCGCAUUGGGAAAAAAGUUGACCGAUACUGUAUGGCGGUUUGUUAGAAACACUUCGAUCGCGACGAGUUCUUUCUUUCUUUCCCGAGACCCGAAAGACUCUUCCAAAAGCCUGGUUCAGCGGCGGCGGUUCUAAAGCCCAACGACACGAAGCAUUCCGUGACUCGAGUUCAAGACUGUUUAUGAAACCAGGUAAUGGAUUCGGGUAUUCCCAUUUUUUUUUUUGGCGAAACCAGUUAAGGUGAUCACCGUACUGACAGAUUCCCACCAUUACCAUCAUGUGCACAUCUUGCUUUUGUGUAAGGUGAAUCAUUAAAGAAUAGCUCAACGAUGCUGUUAGCUAGGCUUAGUAUGGGCUGCAACACAAGAGGCAAGUGUAUGCAACCAGUUUUCAGGCCUAGAAGCGGGCAGACAGCGUGACACGCUGAAGCUAUAGCUACCCGAGAACUUCAAGCUGAGGUAUGUGUGUUUACCGGCUUUACAUACGGAGUCUAACCUGACGUGACUAACACGACCGUGAAUGAAUCGAUGUGCAAACCGACUGGAGUGACACGGCGCAAGUGGCCACGCAGAAUACAAGGGGAGAAUCUCAGUUAAUGACAGCGCGAGAGAGUCGAGGAACGAGAACUCGGGAAAGCCGAAGCGAUCUUGUAGUAAAGUGUGCACAUUGGCGGACACGGGUUUGGUGUAACUGUUUUACACCCGCGACAACCUCAGGGAGGUGCGCUACAGGUUUUGCACAAGAUGGACAUCUGCGGCGUCAUCGGGGACUACGGCAAGUUCCAGAAGAACAUCUUCUGGUUCGGCCUUAUUCGAGGCACCUUCAUGGGUUUUCACCUCGUCGUGUCCAGCUUCAUUGCGCCAGACAUCGACCACUGGUGCGCUGAUCCCGACCACGUGGCCUCGACCGGCAAUGCGACGACGCUGGACUCCUGGAGCUCCUCGAACCAGUCACGUGACUCUCGGUAUCCAGAGGAAGGUGAUGGCUUGGGAGGCAGCGCCUGCUUGAGGCGGCCGACGACGGUCACUGGUGGCCGGCUGGUCGCCACCGAAGGCGCCUUUGUCUCGUGCGAAACGUGGAACUACGGGAACAGCUUCUCGGGCCACACGCUGGUUCAAGAGUGGGACCUGGUGUGCGAACGUGCAUGGAUGCGCUCCCUGGUGCAGAGCAGUAUUAUGACCGGCAUGCUGGUCGGCUGCUUCCUCUGCUCGGCCCUUGGAGACAGGCUGGGUCGCCGUCCCUUGCUCGUGGGCUCCUGUCUGCUCACCAACAUCGCGGGCCUGGUGACCGCAUUGGCGCCCUCUUUUGGCCUCUUUCUGGCAGCCCGCGUGGUGCUGGGAAUUUCACUGGCCGUGAUGCAGACCACCUCCUUCUGCCUCUUGGUGGAGGUCACUGGUCCCAAGCACCGAACGCGCGCUGCCGUCGCCUUCACCCUGGGUUUCGCCCUCAGCCUCUUCCUGCUGCCGGCCACCGUGUGGGUGCUGAAGCACUGGCGUUACAUCCAGGUGGCCAUCACGCUGCCCUUCAUCGCCAUGCUGGUCUGGUCCUGGUACCUGCCGGAGUCGCCCCGGUGGCUGGUGGCCACCGACAGGAUGAACGAGGCCGCCGGCGUUAUCCUGCGUGCGGCCUCGGCAAACGGCAUCGAGAUCCAGGAACUGGACUCAACGCUGCGGCAACUGCGAAAGAAGAUAUUGCAGGAGAACGAAGAAGCUGAGAGGGUUCGCUACCUGGACCUCGUGAGACUGCCCAGGGUCCGGCGGUACAGCGUCAUCCUCGUCUACAGCUGUGUGUCCUGCGGUGCCGUGUAUUACGGCAUCCAGCUGUCCAUGACCAACCUGGGCGGAGACCCCUACGUGGCCUUUCUGCUCGCGGGAGUGGGCGAGGUGCUGGCCGUGGUCCUCUGCUACGGCACCGUGCGCUGGUUCCGCAGGCGCCGGGCCGUGCCCGCGCUGUUCGCCGGGGCAGCGCUCUGCUCGCUCGGUCUGGGAAUCAUACCGCGAUCCCUGACGUGGCUCCGCCUGGCGGACGGCUUUGUGGGCAAGGUACUGUCCGGCGGCGUGUUCACCGUCACCUGGCUGUACGCGGCGGAAGUGUUCCCCACCGUACUGCGCACUGUGGGAGUCGGUGCUUGCCUCGUGGGCAUAAGGGUCGGCUCUGCUCUUGUGCCGUUUCUGCUGGAAACGAGGCGCUACACGCACGAGUCGGUGCCCAUGACUGUCCUGGCGGCCGUCUACGUCCUGGCGGCUGUCCUGGUUCUGCUGCUUCCCGAGACGUUCCGGGUGGCGCUACCGGACACUCUGCGAGAGACCUUGAACCUGAAGAAGAGCAAAAAAGCCAAGCCACACCCAUCGGCAGUGGAGCUGGUGGACUACGAGAGAGUUCCCGCCGUAAACAGAGAGACCGAGGGUGAGCCGUGACACAAGACUGCGGUUAGAACACCCGGCCCAAAGACGGAAAACCCCGAACUCAAGCCCCGCCGCAAGAGUUCUUGAAUCCACACCAGAUUCGAAGCGCCGCUUCGAACUCUGGGCAUAUCUCGGGUAUACCUUGUCUCCAUAGCCUCCGAGAUCGAAAAGCGAGCCGCCGGAUUUCCGAGGCCGUGUUGUCGGAGGGGGAUCGACUGAUGGGUGGAUGGAUGGACUGACGCGCUACCGAUGAGCGCCCUCUACCGAGCACACGAUAGCGCCAACUCUGUUUCCUCUAUCCUGCCCAAUCACUUAUGCGGUUGUCGCACGGGGCUGUUUCGAUCGCGAUCGAGCCUGAUAGGCAUUGAACUUCCCUAUGGCGAUUGGUUAUUUCGCGCAAGAUGCGGAAGGAAGCCAAUCGCGGUCGCGAAAUUUGAUCCUGAUUUGGUUCGAUUGCGAUCGAAAGUGCUAGUGUGACACCUGUACACGAACUAGGGCCGCGUAACUGCGCAAUAACACCCUUCCUAUAUUUUCUUGGACGGUCUCGAUUUUUGCGGACUUCUCUGCCUUUUUGUAAAUACUUUUCUCUCUGUUUUUGCUAUCAUUCGUUGGUUUUCAUUAUUUCACAAGAACGUUCAUCUGCUCAAUACAAAGGAGGACUGCUGCUACUAUUUACCAUAUACCUCGUAUAAGAUAGAGCAGACAUGGGCGUCGUGAAAUUUAAGACUUUCCAUAAUGCGAUAAGCAAGCGGCCCACGGCACCAGAAGCUCGUUUGAAGGCAGCUAAAGAUAGUAGCACUGCCUAUUGAAAAGGAUCCAGAUGUGGCUCAACGGGUGUUUACAUUCCAGUAUAGUAUACUGCAUAUACAAUUCCGCCUUCACUGCCAACUCUUCGCGUGCUUCGUCUAUAGGUGAAACGUCGAAUAGACAAUUUUCGGAGCACAAGGUUAAAUUAUAUUUCUUGCAUUAAAAAAAAAGAAUAAUCAACA